AUGGCUUCCCAGCAAAACCAUGACAACAACACGGCCUCCUCGUCAGCGGAGGCCCAGCGAAGAGAAGAAGACUGGAGCCUCUUCCAAACCAGGUUUGACACUGCCGAAAGCGAGAUUAGAAGAUGUGACUCAAGACUAGACACAUGGGUCGCCAACCUAUCCCCCGUCGAUGAUCAACUCGAACAUACAAACAGUGUGACGAUUGCUCACAACAGAUUUCGAGUAGCCAAAUCACUCUUCCAAUCUGCACACAGGUUUAUGGAAGCUGUUCGGAUUGCGAACAAUUGGGAUCGUACGGUUCGAUCGCCUCGAUCGCCUUUUGGAUUUCCGGAGGGGCUGGUUCGUAAUCCGACGUUUCGGGAUGGUAGACUGGAUAUGCAGGGCGUAGACUUUGGCUCGCCUUGGGGUCAUCUUGUCGCAGCGAGGUCUUAUGCUAGGGCUGUAAUCGUUAUGUUCUAUGAGUUUCUUGCGAUGUCGUACCAGGAGUUAAAUGAUUAG